AUGGGCUUUGCCAAAGGAACGAAAGUGUCACGUCUGAAUGAAUCUCAGAUACAAUAUCUCACUGAGAAGUUCGAUGAGGGUGUACAACCCAGAAUUCGAUGGAAACCAGAGGAAGUAUCAGCUGAAAUGCAACGAAAGAACGAUUUGAAGGAUAGAUUCUAUUUUACACCGGCCGAGUUUUUAAAACCUGGUCUGAUCAGAUCGUUUUUUUCACGUUUGAAAGCGAUACAUGAAAAGCAAACAGAAACAGUAGUUGUAGACGAAGUGGAGGAGGAAGAUGACGAUGAAUUUGACGAUAAUCAGGUAGUUGAAGAGACUGAGCAAAGAAAUAAUUUAAGAAAUUCAAUGGGAAUUAGCAAUGAACAAUCAUCACCUCCAGCUUCCUCUAGAAACCGAACAGUGUCACCAGAUAAAAGAGCUGGAUCAACGACUGAUGUUCGUCCGGCUAAAAAACGUUCGUCAUCGAGGAAACGUACUGGUGUCAAACAAAAUAUUGAAAUAUUUAUAAUACGUCUGUCUAUAGCCACUUGUACCUUCAUCAGCGUACUUGAUUUAAUAUAA